UCUCUCCCUUGUGCUAGGAGAGCUACGUUUCACAUGCGCUGAGUGCGCUGCUGUUACGGGGACUUUUUCAACGUUGUUUAAAAAUCGUCGGGAUAUAAUGGAUAUCGCAACUUGAAAAACAAAAGUCGUUUGAAAGAAAAGGCUCCAUGUACCGUGGGAUUUCUCGCUGCUUUUAUUCAAUUGUUUUUCAAGCGAAAUAAUCCGAUACUUGCGGUUGGAAUCUAUUGUGAAUGAUCUGUCAUCGGGGUUUUCAUAUGACUUGGAUUCGUAUCAGCGUUAAUCUGGGCAGACACAAAGAUCCACUGUUUCUCGUUUUCAGAUUAAGGAACGUGUUUUUAAGGGACGAAUAGUUUAAGAAAAGGAAGAAAAAAAAACUCCAUAUUGAAAAUCUAUCUCCUGGUUUGACAGCUUUCGCCGCCGCAGCCGAAAAAGGAGCUCUGCAAAGAUUUAUUGUCACAGCAGAUCCCCAUUUGUUGCCUGGUAUUUCUUAAGGGACACGUCUGCUUUUGAAUUUUUUUCAUUUUAAACUGUAGGUGUUUACCCGACCUGGAUUUAACGACAUCGCGGGUUUGUUUCCGUUGGGUGAAGUCUUUGAGAUUGUCCAAUGUUCUUCAUUGCACGGUGGAGAUCGCCGCUCGUACAUUUCGGCUUCUGAUGUAGGAUCAGAGAAGCUCUUCUCCCCUACAGCAAGUAAAGGUGUGACGGCGAAUGAGAUUCGCGAAUCCAAGACUUGCAGCGCGACCAAAGUCUCGGGGCUCCAGCGCAGUCAGGAGCAGAGUAUCGAGGCCCCAUUCGCCGCCGCCGUCUCCAGCCCCGCCCCCACCCCGGCGACCCCGCCCCCUGGCUCCCCCGCCCGCGCUGACCCGGCGGCUGGCCUCCCCCCCAGGCCCCGGAUCGCCACCCCCGCCGCCCCUGCCCGUCAAGAAGGAGGCGGCUCCGCCCAUCCCCACCCCUCCUCUUCCCCCUCCGCCGCUGAGGGCCCAAUCACAGCCGCUCCAGGAGCUGCGGGUCCCGCCCCCUCCCCACCACGCCCCGCCCAUAAUCAAUCACCAACUGCACCACCCACUGCAGUACAGCAAUCUGCACAACAUCAGUCGGAGCAGCAGCAGUAGCAGUAGCCUAGCGGGGGUCGGCCUCCCCAAACACCACCUGCCCCCCUCCCCCCACAUCAACAGCCUCCCCCCCUCCACCCCGGCCCUGCCCCUCUCCAUCGCCAACCUCUCCGGGUCCCACUAUUCACUGCCGCCCCCUGCGCAUCGCCACCCGGCCAUGUUCGCUACCCCUGCCACACUGCCGCCACCUCCCACCUUACCGACCAACGGCCUCGUGGUCCCAGGGCACCCCACUGGAACCGCCUACCCAGAGCAUGACCUCCUGAGGCAGGAGCUGAACAACCGCUUCCUGGUUCAAAGUUCAGAGCGGGGGCGGGGGCCCGCCGGCCCGACCCCCCUGGCCCCCGUCUCGCUCCUGAGGGCUGAGUUUCACCAACACCAGCACAUGCACCAGCACCAACACACCCACCAGCACACCUUCACGCCUUACCCCCCCGCCGCCAUGCUGGCUCCGCCCACCGCACCCCCCAUGGUGCGGACCGCAGCCAGAAAUUUCGACAAGUACGCUCCAAAACUGGACAAUCCCUUCCUGAGGCAUUCGAAUUUCUUCCCCUCCUACCCCCCCACGAUGCCUGGAAUGCCCCCCCUACUCCCACACUCAGGACCGUUCAGCUCACUGCAAGGAGCCUUCCAGCCAAAGGCCUCCAACCCUAUUGAUGUAGCAGCUCGCCCCGGGGCUGUCCCUCACACACUCCUCCAGAAGGAUCCACGGGUAACGGAUCCCUUCCGGACAUCAGUAAGAAAACCUGGGAAGUGGUGUGCAGUCCACGUACAAAUCGCGUGGCAGAUCUACCACCAUCAGCAGAAGAUGAAGCAAAUGCAGCUGGACCCCCACAAGCUGGACAUGAACGGGAAGCUGGACCUGUUCAGCCGCCCCCCGGCCCCCGGGGUGUUUCCGGGGUUCCCGUACCCCCACGACCUCGCGCGACCCCUCUUCACAGGCUCCGGGCACCCGGCCGCCUCCCCCUACGGCCCCUCCCCCCACCACAGCGGAUUCCUGCCCGCCAGCCACCUGGCAGGUAAGCAUCCUUACAGUCGCUCCGGUACCUUUGGUGGCCUUGGCAACCUUUCUACCAGUGCCUUCGGCGGAUUGGGCAAUCCCACGCUCGGCUCCAACAGCGUUUUCGGGCACAAAGACGGGCCGGGACUGCCUGGGUUCAGCAGCCCCCACCACCACGACGCCUGGAACCGCCUGCACCGGACCCCCCCCUCCUUCCCCACCCCACCGCAGUGGCCAAAAUCCGCCGACAUGGAGCGCAGCAACUCCGCCACCAACCACGACCGGGAGAGAGAGCGGGAGAGAGAGAGGGAGCGCGAGAGGGAGAGAGAGAGGGAGCGCGAGAGAGAGCGGGAGAAGAGAGACUCGUCCGUGGGAAAGGAGGAGAGAGAGAAAGACAGGGAUUCUCUGGAGCGGAACCGGCACUCCAACAGGUCGUCCCCGGCCUCGGCUCCCGUUAGCUACCAGAUCAGCAGCCUGAUCCGCAGCAACAGCCAGAGCUCCACCGACUCGGGCCGGCCACACGGGGGCAGCGGCGAGCAGCUGGAGCGCCAGAGGGAGGCGGCCAUCUUAGACGUGAAGGUGAAGGAGAGCCGGUCGCCGGGGAAGGAGAGCAGCGGCGACCGUCGGCCGUCGGAAGACCCCUGCAAGCCCCCCCAGCGCUCGCCCUCGCCGUACCCCAAAUCCAUCGACUCCGCCCUCAAGCUGGGCGGGGCCCCGCAGGCUCCGCCCACCUCCGCCAUGAAGGACGGCGAGCGGAAGGACCCGCCCCCCGGCGAACUGAUGCAGAAGCUGAAGAACGACAUGAAGAUCAAAGAGGAGAGGAAGGAGGAACAGGAAGUGAUGUUGGUGAGCUCGGAGCCCGCCACACACCAAGCCCCGCCCUCUGUCCCUCCCCCUCUGCCCAUCCAGCACCAGCAGCACCCGCCCCACCCCCACUCCCACCCCCACCUGGGGCACCAGCCCUCCCCCCGCUGCAGCGACCUGCCCCACCCCGGGUCCCUGCACCUGCCCCACUCCCUGCCCCUCUCCAUGGGCGCCGUGCACCCCAUGAGCAGCCUGAACGUGCUGGACCGCGCCCGGGUGGCCCCCUUCAUGGGCGUCAGCCCCCUGGGGGCCGGGCGGGACCGCCUGCCCCACCCGGCCUUCCCCUGGGACCCCAUCCGCGAGGCCUACCGCAGCCUGGACCUGCAGCGACGCAUGGACUUCCAGCUCCGCGCCGAACAGGCGCACCGCUUCCCCAACGUCUACGAGCAGGAGAGGGCCUACCGGGAGCGCGAGCCCCACGACUACUCCCACCACGAGCACCUCCUGGAGGUCCGGCGGGAGCACGAGAGGCUCCGGCAGGCGGAGGAGAGGGAGCGCAUGCACCUCCGCGAGGAGCUGGACCGGGCGCGGCUGCACCAGCUCCACCAGUCCCCCAUGGAGGGACACCUGCCCCACAUGCCCCCGUUCAUGUCCCACCUCGGGGGGAUGCCCUACCCCAGACUCAGCCCCUCCGGGGGCCACAACGGCCUGCUCAACCGGACCCCCCCGACCGCGGCCCUCAGUGCCCCCCCGCCCCUGGUGCCCGCGGGCAACACCCGGCCCCCCUCUCCCCGACGGACUACCCCCCUCACCACCCAGGACCCCCGGGACUACUCCCCCUCCCGCAAUCCCAAAGAAGUGGAGGCUCGGUAGUAGCUCCUGAGACCCUUUAGGAAGAAGUGGAGAGAAGAACAAAGGAAGAUUAAAAAAACACUCGAUAAAAAUUUAACUUAAUGAUUGCGUUUUAAAAAUAAACUGACAAAAAUGCACUGCUUUUCCGAAAGAGAGAAGCAAAAAUUUUCCAUUGGAGAAAUUAAGAAUUGUAAAAAUAAAACUGUAUAGCUGGUACAAAGUUUAAAAAUUUGUAUAGCUUACGAAGCACACAGUGGUCAAAAACUAAUAUUUUAAGCGACAUGAUUGGAUAAUGUCGAGGGCAGGGAGGGAGGGAGGGAGGGAGGGGGGCGAUUUUGAGAAUAUCCAGAGUGUAUGUUCUUUACCGACUUAAAAUUUGAUAUUAAUAUAUUAAUCAAAUACUGUUUUUCACUUUUCACAUGCAAAGUGAGAUUCUGAAAUAAGUUUGUACAUUUCCUAUCUUCUUUCCCUGUAUAGAAGUCAUUUUUAUGAAUUUGUAUUUCGUUGUGGUAUUCGCUCAUGGAUUUUAUUUCGGGUUUUCGUUUUGUUGAGAUUUUUCAUUAUUUAUCCCAGUUCACUGUGAGACGUAUCGUUGAAGCCUAAAGUCUCAAGGGGAUUCCGGUCUCAUUUUUACAUUUUGACAGCUAUUUUACCAUACUUGGUACCUUGAAAUACUCAGAAAUGACAAUGUACAAUGUUACAUGAAAAGGUUUUUGUUUUUUGCCUUAUGAAGAUAUGCAGACAAAUAUAUAUAAAUAUAUAUUACGAGGUCUCCUUUUGGUUUCUGUAAAGAAAAUUAAAUGUAAAUAUCUUGUUGAUAUUACUUGGGACAGAAAUACCGUGUAAAUUUAUUAGGCUUUUUAAAUGUUUCUAGAAAAAAGAACGAAAGAAAAUGGAACCACUUACCACUCAAAAAAAAAAAAAACCAUGGUUACAAACGUGGAGUUCAGCGGAAAAAGAGCGAGAGAACGGAGGAGGGGGGGUGUGAUCUGCCAUCUAUGCAAAGAGGCACUGAAGGCCGGUACGGAGGAACACCUGGAGAAGGCGAUCGGGCGUGGCAGUCGAGUCGAGGGAACAUGGAUUUACACGACCUUCUGUUUUCCCCCCCAAUUAAAAGCGAAAAUAACAAAAAGAAACGACUCUUUCGGAUUACGGACAAACUUUACCAGGAGCAAACAGCCUUGUAGCCCCAGAGAGACAGAAGAGGAGGGAACACACUGUUUGGUCGGGCGGCAAUAGACAUUCUCUGUCGACCUUGUGUUAUUGUGCCGUGUUUUUCUUAGACUCUUGUAUACAAAAACAAGUAGAGUUUUAGGCGUGCAAAAAAAUGAAAAGAAAAUUCAUGGUUUAAAAAAGUAUGAAAUAAAAGUUCGGAUCUAAUAUC